AUGCGAGAGCCAGCAUUUUCAAAAGCCGAAGAAAACUUUGCCAAAUGUGCGAUUUUCGAGGGCAACAGACUCGAUGGCAGGAGCUACCUUGAGAUGCGCAAGUGUUCGAUUGAAUUUGGGCAGGAAUUCGGCACCUGUGUCGCUAGUAUAGGAAAUACACGAGCCCUAGCGCAUGUUUCUUGCUCUUUGGACAGGCCUAGUGAGGUUCGACCGUCAGAGGGAAAAAUUGUCUUCAAAGUUGAGCUGCCGCCCCUAGCAUCCCCCAGUUUUGAUCUAAAUAAGAAGUCUGCUUUUGCGAUUGACUUAAACCGGUUGUUAGAAAAGGCUAUUGUUCAAAGCCGUUGCAUUGAUAUCGAAGAACUGUGCGUGCGAGCUGGGGAACAAUGCUGGACCCUGCGAGUAGAAGUGACUGCGCUAAAUCACGAAGGAAACCUUUCCGAUGCUCUUUGUCUGGCUGCUAUGGGCGCUCUCAUGCAUUUCAAGCGACCAGAAGUGACUGUAGAUGGGCACGAUGUAAAAAUUCAUACUGCCGAUGAAAAAGAACCAACAAGAUUGACCCUUCAUCAUAAACCAUUCUGUGUUACGAUUGGAUAUAUUGAGGAUGAUCGAACAGAAUCGGAUGGAGAUAGACAAAAGAUUUUGGUCCUGGAUCCAGUGAGGCAGGAGGAACAAGUGUUGUCGGGAAUAAUUUCAAUAGCUAUCAACAAGCAUAGAGAGAUCUGCGCGAUGCGAGUCUCUGGUAAUCGCGAGUUGGAUAGCUCGCAAAUUCUUUCCUGUACCAAGAUUGCUGCAAAUAAGGUGAAGGAUCUGCAAGAGCUGAUAGAAACGGCAAUCAAAAAAGAUGACAAGCAACGAAAGAAGGGUCGUAUUCCAAGAGUGAAUUGUACUGUAAUGGACUCUUAUCUCGGCGAUCUUGGAGACAUAAGCGAUAUUUUGGAGCAGAUCAACAAUAUAAAAAUGGAAGCUCAGCCGGAAGUGGAAAUCGUUAAUGAAGUUGAACCCAUGAACGAGGAUGAAGAGGUACACGGUGACGAGGAAAUGGUCGAAAGUAAGCCAGAUGUGACUGAGGUUGAAGUGAUCACCCCGAAAACGGAGUCGAACUGGAGUGAGACGGAGAAAUGGUUCGACAACUCAGUUAUGCAAGCACAUGGGGAUGGAAUGCAAGUCCGCUACGAUCCAGGACUCACACAGAUGCGAAGAGAAAGAGACGCCCUUCAGUUGGAAUUGAAAUCACGAGAGACAAAAGAGAAGGAACUUGUCAAGAGAGUCCGCAGACUUGAGAAAAGACUCAAUGACGCGAUUGACCAAGAUCAAAUUGUGGAAAAGCUCAAAGCACAGGUUGCGAAAAGAGACAAGCGAUUCAAAGAUCUCAACGCGUAUCUGAAAAAGCUGCCUACAAUGGACGAGUUCCACCAAGUCACCUCCGAGCGCGAUCGUCUAGAAUGCGAGAAUAAAGAACUAACAGUCAACUUUCGUGAAAUCAAAGAGAAACUCGGACCGUACAUCGAAAAAGUCCAGACAAUGUCGACCGAAAAGCAUCAACUGGAGAAGGAAAUCCGCGAUCUUUAUCAAGCUAAAAGCGAGCUGGAAGACAAGCUUUGCUGCACGAAUGUGACGAGUAUAGAUAAUAAAGAAAACAACUCCCAAGAGAUUCUUGAAGAGAAAAUCGAGCAACAAAGGCUGAUAGAGACCAAUCUCAUGGCUAGACUCAAAAGAGAACGACAAGAAAGACACGAUGAGGUUCAAAAAUACGAGUCGGAGAUAAGUCAGCAGUCGAAGUCGCUCCAGCUGAUGAUGGACGCUCUGAAAGAGAAAAAUAAUGAAGUCGAAGUAUCAAAAGCUGAUAUAUACGAAAAAGACGCGCUGAUAGAAAAACUAAGGAGAGACAUUGAAACCUUGACGGGAAGCAAUUGUCCGGAAGCGAUCAAGGAAGAACUUACAAUCGCCAUCGAGGAACUUCAAUCUGUGAUCGACUUGACAGUUGAGCACGACGACUCCGACUCUGAAAUCAGCGAACUGCACAUGACAAUCCGCGAUCGCGAUCACAAAACUUUACCGAUGCUUAUGGACCAAAUUUCAGCAAUUCGAAAAACAAUCCUUGAUCUACACGCUUCCCACGCUACCGAAAAGUGUCAAGUUCAAUAG